GGAUGGUCCAAGUGAGCAAAUGAAUAAGGAUAAUGACAAUGCUGAGGAUGUUAAUGAGGAUGAAGAGGAAUCUGAAAAGGAAGAAUGUGAAGAAGAAAGAGACAGAAGGUUUAGAAAGGGUAAGCAAGUUGAACAAUAUCACAUUGAACCAAAAGAGAACAAAGUGGAAAGAGAAAAAAGAGAAACAGCCCCAGCACCUGCUGUGAAGUCCCCAUUCAUGAACAGAAGUAUAGAUGCAAGGACAACACUUGGCAGUGAGGAAAGACUACUUGCAGGUUUUGUGUUCAAUGAUCAUUGUGACAAGAAUGUUGUGGUGUUCAAGCAUUACAACUUCACUCUUUCAAAAGCUCAGAUGGAAACAAUGAAGAGCAACACAAAAGUUGAUGCUGGAAUUAUAGAUAUAUGGGCAAUGUUGCUUAAUCAUAAUGAAAAGUUCAAAAGCCCUGAAGCUAAAAGCAGAAUGAUUUUCUCAACAAGACCAUGUCAUGUGCUAGAUCAAAAUCAUCUCACCGCUCCACAAACAAGGAACAAAAGGUUUGCGGCAGAAAUUGGCAAAGAAUUUCCCUGUGCAGAUGGAAAUAAGUUGAGGUCAACAGACCUAUUCAUAUUCCCAGAUGAAUACAAUGGGUGCUACUAUAUGAUGUGCUUUGACUUGAAGAGCAUGAAGUUCUACAUCAUUGAUAGUAGCGACGGAGAUAUAGCUCCUGCAGUCAAGUACUUGUUUCAAAUGUCAUACCUGAGAAGUGGAUUUGUGAAAUUUCUUCGAGAUCAAAAACACCCAAAGGCAGAUAAGGUUGUGAAGCUGAAGGAAGAAGUGGUUAAAAUGCAUUGGAGAAACAAGAAAAACAAAACCAAUGAGGGAGUUUAUUUGAUGAGGCACAUGGAGACAUUUUAUGGUGACACAGCAUGGGAGUGUGGAUUAGAUAAACAAAGUGAAAAACCAAUUGAGAUGCUACGGAUUAAGUACUUGCAUGCAAUAGUAACAUCUGAUAAGAAUGAGAUCAAGAAGAACAUCAUGGAACAAGUGAAGAAACACAAUGUGUAUAUCUAGAAGAUUUGUAAUGCUAUUGAUGAUUGUGGGCGUUGAUGAACAUAUUGUUGUUUUUUAAUUCAUGCUAAACAAUAUUAGUAUUUGGGACAUAUGAUAUUACUAUUAAGCUUGGAUGACAGUAGUCAUGUUAGUAAUAUUAAAUAAGGACAUAUGCUUAUGGGAAGUUCAUAUUAUUGAUCAUUAUUAGUAAGUUCUAU